AUGUGGCUUCGAUGUGUUGAUCAUUUGAAUAAUCUGAGUGUAUGGAAUUACAAAACAUUUUCUGUAUUCGAUUCAUCAGUUCGUGUGUUUCGCACACCGUUAAACGGUGGACUUAUGGAUAUACAAAUUCCAUUCAAAACAAAUGGUGAGAAUCGUGUGAAUGAUACAUUGAAUGAACGUUAUAAUUUGUUGAAUAGUAAAGAUGCAAUUCAAAAGUCUUCUGGCCAGUCAAACGUGGAAACGGAAACCAGAACAGUGCAUGUUCCGAAGUAUUUCAACGUGAAAGAAGCACUUGAUGCGAUUAAAGUUGGGUUGCCUGAUGAUGCAGUAAGUUGUUUAAGUGCCUCUAAAUCACUUAUUGUUAUAAUAAAUAAUAGUGCAACAUUAUGUAUAUAUUAUGCAUGA